AUGCGUCCCGGACAUGCUCCCGCUCCCUCUUACCGCUCGUUACGUUCGAAAGGCGCCAUCGCAGCCGUCCGCUCCCGCUCUACUUCAACCCUGACACGCGCACCACCAAGACGCAGAUUAUACGCCGCGUCCGCGGCGCACGUAUCCGCCCCCGGACACCCGUCCCGCCGCAACCGCUUGAUACGCGCCAUGCAACUUCAUACAGCCCAUGCGAUGCGGGCCGCGCACACGCGGCACCAUUCCCAAACGUUCGCACAGCACGUGCUCGCCCCCCUGCUGAGCGCGCGCCAUACUACAACGCCCUUGCGUCGAACGCCUCGUCUUUCAAAGGCCUGA